AUGGCUGGUCUUAGCAAUGCCACACUCACCAUUCUGGGAACAGGAAACAUCACAAAACCUAUUGUGAAGAAUUUGCUUCCUGCCAUCAAAGACGGCAAAACAGAUUUGCCUUUCACAAAGAUCAUCGCUUGCGUGCGAUCAGAAGGAUCUCAGUCAAAGCUUAAUGAACAGUUCUCAGAGUACAGCAGCAUUUUGACUGUGUCUCGUGGCGACAAUGUCAAAGCUGUUCAGAACGGCGACGUGAUAGUCUUGGGCGUUGACCCAGCUGACAUCGCCGACGUUCUCACCCAAGACGGUAUUCGCGAUGCUUUGUCAGGCAAGCUUCUCAUCAGUGUAGCUGCUGGCUGGACAAAAGAAAAGCUCGAAUCAACACUCUACGGAAGCGAGACUACCAAAGAGAACGCCUCUGGCAGAGCUUGGGUUAUUCGUACCCUGCCCAAUAUCGCAUGCAUGGUCUCAGAGGGUCUCAUCGCCAUUGAGAAAUCGCCUACCGAGCCUCAAGUCCCAGCAGAGCUUAUGGAUCUUACCAAGAACCUCUUCAACACCAUCGGCAGAACCACCGAAGUUGCUCCCCGUCUCAUGAACGCCACUACAGCCGUUGGAGGGUCUACCCCAGCAAUGUGGGCUAUCAUCUGCGACGCCUUCAUCGAUGCCUCCGUGGCCGUUGGUGUACCCAGGGCUACUGCGCAGACUAUGAUCUACCAAUCCAUGAGGGGUUCAGCUGCAAUGCUUCAGAGUGGACUGCAACCGGGGGAUUUGAGAGACCAGGGGACUUCGCCUGAAGGUUGUACUAUCGGAGGAAUCAUGGUUCUAGAAGAAGCGGGAGUCAGGGGCCAUCUUGGACGCGCGCUACGGGAAGCGGUCACUCUGGCAAGGUUGAUGGAGACUACUACCCAUGUCAAUGAUACACGGCCUACUUCAUAG